UGCGCCUAUCAGCUGAUGAGCGCUUCAUGUGACUUCAGAUGCUUCGCAAGCGGCUGACUGUUAAGCUCCGACCGUAAGCUUGGCUGCGGUUCCAAAGAAUGGAUUUGUUUGCCUGUUUGAGAAAUUUUGUAUCUCACUACGCAGUGUUGUUGGCGAUUGCACUUUGCCUAGUUAGAAGUGAUAUGAUAGUGGAUGCGAAAUCUGCUCGGAGGCCCAACAUUGUUCUGAUUCUCACAGAUGACCUCGAUGCUGUGAUUGGUGGUCUGACUCCUCUAAACAAAACUAGAAGGUUAAUUGGAGAAGCUGGCAUUACAUUCACCAAUGCAUAUGUAUCCAGUCCACUUUGUUGUCCUAGCCGAGCAUCCAUUUUAACUGGCAAGUAUCUUCACAAUCACCGAGUUGUAAACAAUACUCUGGAGGGUAACUGCAGCAGUCAAGCCUGGCAGAAAACACAGGAACCUUUUACCUUCCCUGUGAUUCUGAACCAAUUCUGCGAGUACCAGACAUUUUUUGCAGGGAAAUACCUAAAUGAGUAUGGGUCUUCUGAAGCAGGUGGAGUUGAACAUGUACCUCCAGGUUGGAAUGGCUGGUAUGCUUUGGAAAAAAAUUCCAAAUAUUACAAUUAUACUUUGUCUGUUAAUGGACGAAAACAAAAGCAUGGAAAUGACUAUAAUGAAGAUUACCUGACCGAUGUAUUGGCAAAUGUAUCAAUGGAUUUCUUAGAAAAGAAGUUGAAUUAUCAGCCAUUCUUCAUGAUGAUCUCUACACCAGCACCUCAUUCUCCUUGGACAGCUGCCCCUCAGUAUGAGAAAAACUUUGCAGAUGUCAAAGCACCACGUGAUAUCACCUUUAAUAAGCAUGUAAAGGAUAAACAUUGGCUCAUUAGACAGGCUAAGUCUCCAAUGAGCAACACCUCUGUUCAGUUUCUAGAUGAUGCAUUUAGAAAAAGGUGGCAGACACUGCUAUCAGUGGACGAUCUUGUGGAGAAAUUAAUAACAAAACUGUCCAUCAGAGGAGAACUGCAAAACACCUAUAUAUUCUUUACAUCUGACAAUGGAUAUCAUGCAGGACAGUUUUCUUUGCCUAUUGACAAGCGGCAACUAUAUGAGUUUGACAUUAGAGUUCCUUUACUUGUUAGAGGCCCAGGGAUUAAAUCAAAUCAAACAAACAAGAUGCUUGUUGCAAAUAUUGAUCUUGGGCCAACAAUUUUGGACAUUGCAGGAUAUAAUGUCAGCAAAACAAAAAUGGAUGGCAUGUCUUUUCUCCCCCUUAUGGCAAUACAGACAUCACUUGUACCCCAUCGUAAUAAUGUGGCACAUUUAAAGACUGGCAAACAAGAGAAUAUGACUUGGAGAACAGAUAUCUUGGUUGAAUAUGAAGGAGAAGGACACAAUGUUAGUGAUCCUGAUUGCCCUGGACUGGGUCCUGGUGUUGCAGAGUGUUUCCCAGAUUGUGUGUGUGAAGAUGCAUAUAACAACACCUAUGCUUGUGUGAGGACAAUUGCUACGUCGGCCGACUUGCAGUAUUGUGAAUUUGAUGAUGCUGAGCUAUUUGUGGAGGUGUACAAUUUGACGGCUGACCCUUUCCAACUAAUUAACAUCGCCAAGACAAUUGAUCAAGAGGUGCUAGAGAAAAUGAACCACAGGCUAAUGAUGCUACAGUCCUGCUCUGGACCUAAGUGCCAGUCGCCAGGAGUUUAUGAUUCUGGAUUUAAAUUUGAUCUUCGUUUGAUGUUCAACACUCAUGGACAUAAGGGGAAGAGGUUCCUGAGACAAUUCCUGAAAUAGCAGGAAGUCUGAAGCCUUGACUUCCCUUCCUCUAAUGUUCUGUUACCUUGUGUUUGAAGGUGUCCCCUCUAUUUAUCCUGUGUUAAUUCCUCUAAGAGGAAAAGAAAACGAGAGAAAUAUGUCCCCAGUCAGUAUGAUGCUCCUUUUAAGUUCAGGCUGUAUGCAAAGAACUUUGUAAAUUAGGCUUCAGUUUUAAAGUAAUUUCGUUUUUUCAGCUUUUCAAAUCUGUAACUGAGUAUUUGGUUACUGCCUAACUUAGACAUGCACAAUCUGAACUAUUUAAAGAAAAUCUGCUGGAAGCAUUAGGGGAGGAAAAAUAAAAAACUUAAAAAAAAAAAAAAUGUCCUUUGUAAUGGAGGUAAAUUGAAACAGCCAUACUAAUGAAUGCUAACAUUAUUAAUUGCAUUACAGUAUCUGUAGCGCAUAUAGUGCACAUAAUGCACCAGCAUCUAGGAAUGUUAAAUAAAUUCCUAUAUAAUAAUUUUGAACUCUGAGUUCCACAAAGCACUGGGAAGCACCAACUACUUAUUAUCCACUUCUUGGUCAAUCGUAUGAAAAUUUAGUGUUCUUGAACAUGUCCACCUGUUGAUUGAGAGGUUUGGGCCUCCAGUUGACUUUAAUGUGUUAUUUGAUAUCUCUGGUGGUGAUAUGAUGUUAUAUGAUAGCACCCUGACAAGGGAGUGAAAGACUGGCUGGAGUAACAGUGUCUUUACAGGACAGUGUCCGUUUAAGUUCAAGCUGUAUAAACAGUAAAAUUAGUAUUUCUUUUCAACUGCAUUAUUCAGAAAUACACUAUUUAUUAACUUGCAAUAUAUGUUUUGUUAGUAUUGAACUGAUUAGAAUAUGAAAGAGUGAAGCUUUUUCCACUGGAAAUUUGAAAUUUUUAUUUAACUUCUUAACUUCUUUUCCUUAUUUGGUAUUUUUGAUAUAAAAACUGACUGCUAUCAUAACAUGUACAGUUUGAAGAGUAGAAAACACCUUUUACCUUACUCUUUUUAACAAAAGGCUUAAUACGAAAUAAAACUAGAUUUGCAUAUUA